CUCCAUCUUCUUCUGCUAUGGAGGAAAAUAUUUCAGUUUCCGGGAGAUUGUUUUCAUUCGCAACGAGUCGAGUUGAGAUUUUACCGAGGUUGAUCCAAAGAUGUCGUCACUAUCUGAUGUAACUAUUUGAUGAUGUAAAUAAUAAUGGAAGAUGGCAUCACAGAGUUUGAGAAAUCCAAAAGAUCUGCGUACUAUGAUCUCUGAGAGUUCUUUAGAUAGGGAAGACAUGCAGUCGAAUUUGGUGAAGCUGAAAGCCCUAGGAGAAGAUGACAAGGCUGAAAAUGCCAAGCUGAGGUCAAGGAUAGAUGAACAGUGUCAGCUGAUCAUGAUCCUCAAACAGAGGGCAGAUGAGGGAACAAUUAGGUCGCAGACACUGGAGAAAAUCAACAAGGAACUUAUGGAUUUCAGAGACAAGGCUGAAUCCAUGCUGAAAUCUGAAAUAAAGAAGUUUGAUAUUUUGGAUGGCCGUUUUAACAGUUUAGCAUCCAAUCAUGAAGAAAUGAUCCGCAUUAAAGAUGAAUACAAACGUGUGAACCAAGAACUUAGAGAGGAAAAUGCAAAGCUGCGUGAUGAAAAUAGCCGCCUGUUUUCACAAGCGCUGGCAGAAAAAGAUGCCAUGAUUCAGGAAUUGGAAAAUAAAUCAGCAUCUGUUCAAGAACAGUACUCAGCUUUGGAAUACAAAUUUAGACAAAGCCAAAGUGAAUGGCGUCAAAUGGAGGAGACUUUGUUGAAAAAUACAUCAGAACUUCAGGCAAGCAAUGAACAACAAAUGAAGACAAUGCAGCUGAAACUUAAGGAGACAGAUGAAAAACUUAAAGAAACAGUGCAAAAGCUUCAGUUACUGCAGGCCAGUAAAUCAAGUGAACAAGAAGAGUCUGCAGGAAAACUACACCAAGCCAGUAAAGAAAAAGAAGAGUUACUUGCUCUUGUGAUGCAGAGAGGAAAAAUCAUUCAGAAAGAGCAGGAGGACAAUAAAAUCCUGAAAAAGAAAAUAGAAGAGAUGGAGAAAAAUCUUAGAAACAUGGAGGACAAAUUUAGCCGAGAAGCUGAUGCAGUGAAUGCAAACAUCAGAGUAAAAAAGCUGGCAGUUGAACUGGAGAGUGCAGACAGUAAAUAUUCUCAGAUGGUUAAGGAAUAUGAGGCAUUUAAAAAGCACUCUAAUGAUUUGCUGCAAAGAGAGAAAGAACUGAAUGACAGACUUCGUCAACUUUAUUCUUGAACGCUAAUUAUAGAAACUGAUAUAUAUUUAAGAUAAAUUAUGGUGCCAUUAACACAUUUGUGGUUUAUUUACAGACUAAUUUAUCAUACAAAUUUAAAAUACAAAGUUUGUAAAAGUUUGUUUGCUAAUGAGCACAAGCAAAUUCAUUUUUUUCUGUGAUAGAUACCUCGACUGGUAUCUCUUUUGGUACCUAUGUUGGAACCUCAGUGGUAUUGCUGUUAAUUAUAAAACAUUGUAAAAUUUAUUUUGAUCAAUUGAUUCUGAUAUAUAUUUCAACAUUUUAAUAUAUGUUUGCCAAAAUAUUUUUUACUGAUAAAAAGAGUUUUACAUUUGUUGUCAAAAAUGUACACAAUAUUUUUACUAAUACCUGCCAAAAAUGUAUACAUUUAUUCUAAUGUACUUGUUAAUGUAACAAACCAUAUUUUAAUGCCAAAAGCACGCAUAGACUUUGUAUCCGGACUAACUUUACUGCUUUCAGAAGGUUCAGAUUUACAUGUGGGACAAAAAUUGUAUUGGUGCAGAAUAUGUUAUACAAGAUGCCUUGCCUUUUAAAUGUUUCAUCAAGGAAACAUACACUUGCAGUCAUUUUAUAGUUACUUUGUAAAAUCAACUUUACACCACAUUGACUAUUAUUCAAUGGAGACACACCAAAUCUGAAAAGGCCAAAAUAUGUGUUACAAUAUAAAUAAACUUAUAAUUAUCAUGCAAAAAGAAGUUGGUUGAAGACAUUUUUGUCCUUUAGUUUGUAAAAUGUUGCUGAGGUAAAUUUAUAUCUUCUUUUAAUUCGCAAAAUGCCAAAACAAAACAUUUGUACAUAUUUAUUUAAUGCUGCUAUCUUAUUUUAACUUCCCAUGUGCAUGUUUAGCAGCUUAAGCUUAAAUGUACAUCUAAUAAAAAUAUACAUGUUUUCUGUUAAAAUUGAACAUUACUCUUCCAGCUUUUAGCAUUAGGCUUAUUUGUAGAAUACUCCUAUAGGCCUGUAUAAAUUAAGCACAAAUAUUAAUUUCUAGAAUAGAAACAAAACUAUUUGUUUAUAAUAAUAAUUUUUAUUAUUAAAAGUCACAUUCAAUAAGUUAAAACAAUUUCAACAUAAUUUCACUGUAUUACUUUUAAUUUUUUAAAAAUUUCUCAUAAAAAUAGUAUAAAGCUGUAGCUUUAAUUUUGAAAUUUAAUGUCUUAAAGUCAAAUAUCUCAUUAUUGUGUAGGAGUAAAUUGGUUUUUAGAUUUUAUGUUACCUUUUGUACAAUUAGAAAACUAGAUUUUUAUUUAAAGGAAUAAGCAGUUUGACCUGGACCACAAUAUAAUGUCCUUAAGUUGUUGAUAGGCAGGAUCAAACUGACUGCUUGUAUGUUUGUUUAUGUAUAAAUUUUUAGCUGGCACACUUAAUGCUGCUAAGUAGAUCUAUAAUAUUGUGCUGUGACUAUCAUAAUGUAAAGGACAAAAGUAACACCCAAGAUUGAUGAUGCAGUGUUUGUAUAUUCAGUCUUCUCAACAUCUAAACUGCUAAAUCUUACUUAAGCAAUAUUUUAUCUUUAUGCAACCCUGUAACACUUGUAUUGUUAAUGUUUAGAUAUACGUAUCGAGAAGUUUGUCAUUUGUAAAUUUUCGGAAUAUUUAAUAAUGAUAAUGAGGUUAAUUAAAGUGUAAAAAUA